AGAGGUUCCCAUCAGAGAGAGAGAGAGAGAGAGAGAGAGAAGCAGAUAUGCAUGAUGAGGACCUGAAAGGGGACCAGAUUUCUGCUGCUGCUUUUUCUUUUGUAGUGGCUUUAUGAUGUGUUACAUUUAGUCUUAUUGAGUUGGAAUCUUGUGAGUUUAACCCUGAAGAGCUCUGCCCAAUCCUGAGCUCAAAGAAGAUUUCCUGAAUUCAGACAUCAUGCCUCAUUUUCAUCCAAGAAGAGGACUAGGAUCAGCCAGAGGAAGUCUCCUGGGUGGAUCAGAAUGAUUUUCUGUAAGAGAGAGUCACAAGAUAUUUUCCUCUUCUUCAGUCCCUUUUCUUAAAAUAAAAAUGCAUCAUAAUGAGGAGGAGCAGUCAGUAAACAGCACCAUGAUGCAGGACGGUGACUCCACCAGCCAGGGGAGCAACGUGAGCUUCCAACCACCUGCUUCCUGUAAACUGGACUUCAGGAGGAACUCAGUCACAGACGAUUACAAAAUAACAUGUCAGGUUCUCGGUCUGGGAAUCAACGGCAAAGUGUUGGAGUGUUACUGCAAGAAGACGGGGGAGAAAUGUGCCCUCAAGAUUCUGUAUGACACUCCUAAAGCCCGACGGGAGGUUGAGCUGCACUAUCGCGCGUCGGGAGGGCCCCACAUCGUACGGAUCCUCAGCCUGUAUGAAAACAUGUACCAGGGAAAGAGAUGUCUGCUCGUUGUGAUGGAGUGCAUGGAGGGAGGGGAGUUGUUCAGUCGAAUCCAGGUCAGAAGGGACCAGGCCUUCACAGAGAGAGAGGUGUCAGAGAUCAUGCACAACAUCGGCAUGGCCAUAGAUUACCUUCACAACAUGAACAUCGCUCAUAGAGACGUGAAGCCUGAAAACCUGCUGUACACAACCAAGGACAGGAACGCCACUUUGAAGCUCACCGAUUUUGGGUUCGCAAAGGAGACGAUAACACACAACUCCCUCCAGACCCCGUGCUACACGCCGUAUUAUGUUGCACCUGAAGUCCUUGGGCCAGAGAAAUAUGACAAGUCAUGUGACAUGUGGUCUCUGGGUGUAAUCAUGUACAUUCUACUCUGUGGCUUCCCUCCUUUCUACUCAAACACAGGUCAGGCCAUCUCCCCUGGUAUGAAACAGAGGAUCCGAAUGGGCCAGUACGAGUUUCCCAAUCCCGAGUGGUUCGACGUUUCACAGGAAGCCAAACAGCUUAUUAUUCAGCUACUGAAGACCGAGCCCAGUGAGAGGAUGACCAUCAGACAGUUCAUGAACCAUCCUUGGAUCAGUCAGUGGAUGGUGGUUCCUCCAACACCUCUUCACACCUCUCGUGUUUUGGCAGAAGACAUGGAGCUGUGGGAUGAUGUGAAAGAGGAGAUGACCAGCGCCCUGGCCACCAUGCGAGUGGACUAUGACCAGGUGAAGAUCAAGGACCUGGACACGUCCAACAACCCUCUGCUGAACAAAAGACGCAAGAGGCCUAAAGACACUGACAGAGGGGAGGGCGCUGGAAGUGUUGGGGCGGUUGGCCAAAUAGACGCAGCACUUUCAGAGGAACGUGGGGAACUAGUUUUAUCAGAAAAGUAAAAGUGAGCAGUAAUAUUGUUCCGUAUUUUUCUGUUCUUGCUCUCUGUGGUGGUGCACUCAGUAAUCGAGAGUCACAUUAUUUUGUAACAGUUAUUUGUCCAAAUAAAAUAAAACUUGUUUGUUUCAUA